AUGAUUGAAUGCGAUGACUUUGACCUAAGCAAUGGUUUCUACUUGGUCUUCAUGCAUUCGCUUUCCAUUGUGGCUGUUCCAUUGAAUAUGCUGGGUAUAUACUGCAUUCUCUACAAAUCAACAAUGCAAAUGGGCGCCUACAAAUGUGCCACCAUAAUCAAUCUUUUCCUAUAUCGGUGUCACGAAUAUUCAUGUGCGAAGUCGGCUUUCUCUGUUCCUAAUCUUCAAAUUUUCAUCCCGCAUAAGUUGCGACAAAUUGUUAUAACGAUAGCUCUGCUGUGCUGCCUUGCAUUUUUGAUCUCAGUUAUUUGUAUAACAGUAUCUUUCAAAUUCCUACGCGAAAAUGGCAGUAUGUCGCAGAGGACAAAACAGAUGCAGAAACGUUUUCUUGUUCAGCUGUCUAUUCAG